ACGCCUGUUUAAAUACUUCGACAGUCUCCCAUUUCCCAAGCAUACACAAGCCUACGUCGAUACGGAGGUUAAAGAGACGGCACCGUUCGGCUGUCCGCCUUGACUGAGCCCUAGCGUCGUCUUGGUCCUCAUUUUUGAUUAUUUAGUUUGUUAGUUAAAGCUUAGAAACAGAACACAAUCCAAUGGCGGUGAAACCAUCGAAGGCUGACAAGAAGAUCGCUUAUGACGGCAAGCUAUGCCAAUUGUUGGAUGAGUACCACCAGAUCCUGGUGGCCUCCGCAGACAAUGUGGGGUCCCAACAACUCCAGAACAUCAGGAAGGGUCUUCGUGGCGACUCUGUUGUACUCAUGGGAAAGAAUACCAUGAUGAAACGCUCCAUCAGAAUUCACUCUGAGAAGACCGGCAACAAGUCUUUCCUUAACUUGAUUCCGCUUCUUCAGGGUAAUGUGGGGUUGAUUUUCACCAAGGGUGAUUUGAAGGAAGUGAGUGAGGAGGUUGCCAAGUACAAGGUUGGAGCUCCUGCCCGUGUUGGUUUGGUUGCCCCAAUCGAUGUUGUUGUUCCACCUGGCAACACUGGGCUCGACCCAUCUCAGACUUCUUUCUUCCAGGUUCUUAACAUUCCCACCAAGAUUAACAAGGGUACUGUAGAAAUUAUCACCCCUGUGGAGCUUAUCAAGAAGGGUGACAAGGUGGGAUCUUCGGAGGCUGCUUUGCUAGCAAAGCUUGGGAUCAGGCCCUUCUCAUAUGGUCUAGUUAUCCUGUCUGUCUAUGACAAUGGGUCUGUCUUCAGCCCAGAGGUGCUUGACCUUACUGAGGAUGACCUGGUUGAGAAGUUUGCUGCUGGUGUUUCAAUGGUUACCUCUUUGGCACUAGCCAUCUCUUACCCAACUUUGGCAGCUGCACCACACAUGUUCAUCAAUGCCUAUAAGAAUGUUCUCGCUGUUGCAGUUGCAACUGAGUAUUCCUUCCCUCAGGCUGACAAAGUGAAAGAGUACCUUAAGGAUCCCAGCAAGUUUGCUGUUGCUGCCGCACCAGUUGCUGCUGCAGAUGGUGCUACUCCAGCUGCUGCUGCCAAGCAGGAAGAAAAGAAGGAAGAGCCUGCAGAAGAAUCUGAUGAGGACAUGGGCUUCAGUUUGUUCGACUAAGCUCACCAUCUCUGUUUAUGAUAGAAUCUAGGACGAUGACUUCGUGAUUAUGCAUUUGGAUUUCUUACUAUUGUUUCUUUGUUGCUUUUUUAAUUGUCACGGCCCUCAGUUUUGAAGAUUUAAUCGGUUUUAUAUUUGUAGUGUUUAGGCAAGAUAUAAAAUCUUCUUGCGUACUUAUAUUUAUUUUAAAUUAUUAUUAUAUUAUGCAA